UGUGUUUUAAUGCAAAAAUUCGGGAAAGAAUUUAAAGUUUUUUGUCAUUUUUAUAGAUAAACCAAGGAUGAGCGACUUAAUCCGUACUCGGUGGGAGAAGACACGGAAAGAGAUUAAAAGACGAAUUAAUAAUGUUUUAAAUUGGAUAAGAAAAAUGGUCGGACUACCGUCUGGUAAAAAGUCUGGUAAAAAGCAAACAUAUAGCUCCUCAUAUGCAUCGAGCUCCGGUCCUAGUCCUUCAUCCGGUACGAGCCAGAGACAAUCUCAAUGUAGUUUCAGUCCUAGUCCUUCAUCCGUUAUGAGCCAGGGUUCACCAAAAAGACCACAAAACAAAUCUCAAAGUCGUUCCGGUCCAUCAUCUGGUAUGAACAAGGUGCCAAAUAAUAAACGUUCCGAUAUGAAUCAGAAGCCACAAAAUGAACCUCAAAGUCGCACCAGUUCUUCAUCUUACUCUUGUCCUCAUAGACGAUGUACAAGAACUUUUGAAACAAUUGAUAGUAUGAAUAGACAUUUUAGUCGUCAUAACGGCAAUAAGCGUAGAUAAAAAAAAAUAACUAUAGUAUUAUAUUGUUGUGACCUACAAAAAUUAGCAAGUUUUUGAAAGAAUAUUAUAUUUAUAUUGUAACAAUAGAAAAUUUUCAAA